AUGUCUCAGGAAAUCAUUCUCUACGACCUGCCAAGCCAGGCGCCUUGUCGAAGCUGGUCCGGCAAUGUGUGGAAGACCAGGCUCGCAUUGAACUUCAAGGGCGUCCCGUACAAGACCGAAUGGAUUCCAUACAUUCGUCUUCAAGAGACCAUCAAGUCUUUCGGCGUGGAACCGCACCCUCCAGGCAGUUGGUCCGAAUUCAGCGUGCCAACAGUCCGUUUCCCCGAUGGCACGUAUGUCAUGGACUCAGCGGCCAUAGCCAAAGAGCUUGAAUAUCGCUAUCCAAGCCCUUCUUUCAGGCUCAACCCGAAACUCGAGGAGGAGGCCCAUGGUGCCAUGGGAAAGGUCUUCAUGGCGCUCGCCGUCCCUCUAAUGCCUUACGCCACUGAAGUGGUAUCACUGGAAGACCUGGAGUGGUUCAAAACCGACCGGGCUAGACGCUUUGGUAUGACUGUUGAGGUGGCUUUCGACAAGAGCAAAGAUCCUGUACCUCACUUUGUCGCAGCCAAGCCUGCAUUUGAGGAAUGCUCACGGGUUCUGAAGGCUCACAAAGUGGACGAAGGGCCUUUCCUCUUGGGUAGCCAGCCCUGCUACGCUGACUUCUACUUCAUGACCACAUUGCAGAUGUUCCAUCAGAGUAGCAAGGAAGGAUUUGCGCUGAUCAUGGAGUAUGUGCCAUCCGAACUCAAGAACUUGUUCGAGGCUUGUCAAAAAUGGACUAUCAAGCAAGACUAA